AAAAGGAGCUCAUUUUACUUUUCAAACAAAAAAAAACAACUGAACAUUUAUUCAUCACUUAUAGAGUUGGCUAUACUACAUAUUCAAUGAAAGAAUUAAAUGAACAAGGAUUACGUAGACGUAAGUCGAUUAAAAACCUAAAAUUGUCACAUCCUAAUUCAACUGAUCAUAUAAAACCACUACAUUAUAAUGACAAUAAUAAAAUGUAUAAUAAAUUAUCACAACGAUACAUAUCAUAUAUUGAUAAAACACCAUUAACACAUCAUACAAAAUCAGACUCACGAAUGAUAAAUAUCAUUGAAAUUAGCAUUAUAUGUGGUGUAUUUUUAACUGGGUAUUUUGUUUAUCAUUAUUCCGAUAGAAUGUAUAUACCUAUCAUGAAGUUCUAUGCUCAUUUAGGUAUUAAAGAAGCUCAGAAUCGUCUCAGUCAACAUUUACUUUAUCACGCUAAUACCAAAGAACAAUAUGAAGAAGCUAUUUAUUGGUUAAAAAUAUCUGCUCUUCAGAAUAAAAAUCCAAUCGCAUCAUACAACUACGUGAUCGCACAUUUUAAAGAGCACACUACAGAAAGUAAUUUAACAACAAAUCAAGUCAAUGACUUGCUGGUUCAUGCAUUGAAUAAUGGAGUUCCUGAGGCGCAACAUUUAUUAAAUCAUUGCAGCAAAUUAGAAAAUCUAGCCAAAUUAAAAAAUAUUGUACUGUCGGAGGAAUCAGGGGACGAAUACGAAGAAAUCGCUAAUUACCUAAUAUGAUCAUAUAUGGAGUGUUACAAACGCAAUUUACAACAAUAAAGAAAAACCAAUAUUAUUAUUAAUUUACAAAGCAAAGUGCAAUGAAAUAUACGUUUCCAUAAAUA